AUGUGGCUCCCUGAGUCGACUGGAACUGCCGAACUGAAGAGGGUUUUGCUAAGGCUUAAUUCUCACUUGAGCACUGGUGCCCAGCUUUACAACAGGGCUGCUUUCACUAUCUGCCUUAACCAUGCAUUAGCUUCUGUGAAUAUUUUAUUGAAUACAGUUGUAUGGAGGAUCAAUUUAAACAAAUCAGGUGUGGACAUACAUGAUCAAACAUGGUGGACAGUUUCACAAGAAAUGGAAGAAAUGGUAUUGAAAAAUGGUGCCAAAAUACAUAGAUUAAGCCUGAAAAACUACUUAGUUACCAACCCGUUGUGUCUUCUGGAAGAUAAUUUGGGAGUGACAUCUGACAGAAGAGCUUAUUCUCCAAAUUUAAAAACAUAUCAAACUGGUGAUGCAUUGUGGAGUGAAAGUGUAUCCAACUUGAAUCUAGACCAAUCCAAAAGGGCAGAGCCAUGGUAUAAGAGACUGUUUGAAAAAUCUUCAAAGACAGAUGCGAAAGUUUCAGGAUUUGAAAAAGAAAGGAAGCCAAAGAUUUCUGUAUCAAAUAUAAAAUAUUUGCAGACAUUCAAUUUAGACCCAAAGUUUGACAUUUUGAAUGUAACUAGUAUUGUAUUUUGUAAUGAAACUGUAUCAUUUGUGUGUGAAGAUGAUUCAAUGCAGACCGUAUCUAUAAUAGAUAUGGAGAAAAAGACAUUUUCUACUCAAAGUAUACCAAGGGACCAGUUAGUAUUACUAUCAGAAGAUAAUGAUAGUCCUCAUAUUAUAAUCUCACAUCAAUAUAUCAUAUACGUAAUAUCUAAUAGUCAACCUGAUGUAUUAGUUAGUAAGAUGAUGUUAUAUGAUGGGGCUACGGCAGCUGAUUACCUGUGUCAUUUAAAUAAAUGGGAGAGAGGUUCUAUACCUAUACCAGCAUUAGAAGUUGGUUUAAAACAUAGACAAUUAGACACAGUUGCUUUCUUCUUGAAAAGCAAAGAAAACAUGUCAAGACAACGUCUGCCCAUUUCUCCUUCCCUGCAUCAAGAUGAGGCAUCUCUUUGGACACCAACCUAUGACCAUCAUGAUAGCAUCAAGAAUUUAGAACCAGUUUUAUUUCUAUUGGUUGAAACAGUGAAAGAAUGUGCAGCAGACAAUCAAUCAAAAAACUUUGCACAUAAUCUACUGUCCUUGACCUUAAACUAUUUAUAUAGCUUGUUGCAUGAUGGUCUUGAUGUAUCAAGGUCAUUAGGUUCAACUGCGUCUGCUAAGCAUGAGAAAGAAAAUUUGGAAUUGGCUUUAGAUUCAUUGAUGACCUUGAUAGCUGAAUUACGGUGUUGUUUGAAACUUGUGGAGUCUAAAGGUAUUGAAAGAAGAAGCUCUAGAUUGAGUGAUGUAGCAGACGGACAGAGUAUUGGUAGUCAAGAUUCUAGCAUGAAAUCAGUUGCUACUUCAGAUAAGCCUAUCGAGGUGGCAGUAGAGGCAGCUGUAAAUGAGAAUGAUUUACCCAAUCUACAGCACCAACUCUUAGAACAAGGGAGACAAUCAGACUAUAGUAAUAUUAUUAAAAUGGGUGUUAAUACAGCUUUAAAUCACCUUGAAAAACAUCAAACAAGUGAAGCUAAAACUGUCUUACUUAGUUUGGGAUUUGACUAUGAAGAGAAGCUAUGGGAGAUUGUACUAUAUGUAAAAGAUCUUCAGUUGCAGAAGUUUAUUUUGAAUGAGUUACUGAAAUCAGACGUCAUAUCACAGAAUCAAGCUGAUUUAAUAAAGUUUACCUUUCUCUUACAUCAACAUUAUCCACAACAUUCCUUUCAACAAGCUUUUUUAAUCAAAAAUACUUCUCAAUCAAGUAGUCAGUGGUCUGAUGAUAAUCUAAAACUAACUGAUACAAAAAGUAAUACACCAGAUCUAACUAGUCUAUAUGGUGAUAUUGAUAGUAAAAGUAAUAGUUCUGUAGUAGAUAGUAGACACUAUUCUGAGUUUAUAUUAGAUUGGUUACAGUACUGGGAUAAUGAAAGUAAAGAGAGAGUUUUGUUGGAAACCCAAAUCAUGAAACCAGAUUUUAACAUGAAAGAAUAUAAAAAUCAUCAGUUAUUGUGGAAGUUCGUCCUUAGUCACAAUUUAAAAACAGAGGCCUUACUAUUGUUAGACAUUAUCAUUAAACAAUUCAACUCUAGUUCUACAGAAGAUAGACACAGUGUUAUACAAUGGUUAUGGUCUAGUUUGAAAUACUGUGGUAGUCUAUUAUCAACUAAAAUUAUUACUGAAUUACUAAGAAAUGGUUUGUUCAGUGAAGAUCUCCAUGUCAAUAUGCCAAGAAUAAUGUCAGAAUUGGUGAAAGUGGGAGGAGUUUUGCAAGUACCACACCCACUAACAGACUGGAGUGACAUUGAUUUAUUCCAUCUAUACUUUAUUAACUAUUGUGUCAAUCAUCAAUUGGUUCAUCCCUUAUGGAGUUAUUGUUCUCUUCAUAGACUAAAUCCAGAGAAAAUAGAAAUCGAAAAUGCUGAUAUGAUUAAAUGGUUUCAGUAUUUUACUAAAUUAUUCCAAGUUUCUCAAUCUACCACAUGCCCUAAUGCAAUAUUUGAAGCAAGUUUUUCAUCUGGAAGAUACAUUUGGUCUUCUGACCUUGAUAUUGCUGAUAUGAUAGUUCAAGGACACACCUUAGUUGCCAUAGCAACCAUGUCUUAUUCACCUUCUCCAAUACAUCAGGUGAUUGGUGAAGGAGGUAUAUUUUCCCAGAUGGAUAACAAAGUUUUAGAAUCAGCGUUAAAACCAUUUCCUAAACUGUAUUCAGCUUUGAUACCAUCAUUUAGAGAAUCCACUCAAAAUAGUGACAUCAAUCUUUACCAGUUGUUAAAGGAUAAUGCUCCAUUUGAUGUAAGAAGAUUAUUUGGUUGGCAAGAUUCUAAUGUGUUGGCAGGAGAAGAUUGUCAGAAAACACUGCCAUAUUUCUCUCAACCUGAACUUGUUUCACAGUUUGCUUAUGCAGAAAAAUUACGCUUCACCUAUUAUUUAAAGCAAGGGCGACCAUGCUAUGCUUUUCUUUCCUUUUUGGCUGAGGAGCUGUCACCAGGAACAUCUACACUAUCAAAUAAAAGAAUACAAACAGCAUGUGGUAUCAGUUUAUGGGUAGCAGUAAAAAAUUUCACUAAACCAGCAGUAACCAGUUCAUGUGUAGCUUUUGUUGAUAUGUUAGGCCAAGAUAGUAUUUUAAUCAGAACAUUUCUACAAGUAGCAAGCACCAUUUUAAACCAUAAAAAUACUGGUCUGGUAGCAAACAUUGAGAAACAUAAAAUAACCAUGAAAAAUAAUGAACAAGAAAUAAUUUCACUUCUGCAAGCUAAUAUAAGAAGUCGAAGAAAAUAUUCACCAAAAGUUUUGAUAUUAUUGGAGGAGGCUCUAUGCGCUGAUAUAAAAUCUAAAAACAUUCCAAGUUGUAGUUUUGAGGCUGGAGAACAGUGGACGUUGGCAGUUAUUUUCUGUCAUCUACAAAAAUUACCAUUAUCUACAAAAUUCCUGGAGAUUUGUGCUAAAUCUGAUAAAUGGUUGUCAUUUGUUUGGUUUGCACAGUAUCAUCAGUUUCCACGGCAACAGCUUCAAGGAUUACUGCAUUGUUUUCAUAGUAGACAUUUGAGGGACCAUCUUCAUUAUGUUAUUGAGAAUGCAGACGCUAAAUCACUAGCUCCCCCUAGUGUUCAAGGGGCAAGUAAUCCAGAUAAAACUAUGACCAAGAAAGAUGUGAGAUCGUCAUUAUAUUCUAAAAUUGGUGUAACAAAUUCUCGGGAAACUGAAGAGUGGAGUAGUGAAGAGGAAGAGGAGAUAACUCUACCACCAGCAUUAGAAUUACUGGUUAAUCAAGAAAAAGAAGUUCCAACAGUCACACUCAGUUCAGCAGCAGAUGAUGUCUUUGGUGUUGUCUUUGAUGCACAAAAUACACCAUCGCCAUGGAAAUCACUCCUCACACAUGCAGUUAUCUUAAAAAAUCCUCUUUUUGCUGAACUAGCUUUUUGUGAAAAUGAUGCAGCCAUUUUACCUUGUUUAUGUGGAUGGUUGGUGUCAAUGAUGGAAACUGGUGAACACAAGAAGUUUCUAAUGCACCAUGGUAGUAGUGCUAUAUAUAAAUGGUCAAUGAAAGAGUUGGAGGCCUUGAUGGAUGUGUAUCUUAAAUGCCAGUGGGAUUUUACUCUGGCUACUGCCUUUGAUAUAUUUCAACCAGAGAUAGCAUUGUUACCAUUUUUAAAGUUCUCAGCUGAAUUUAUUCAAAGAAAUAAUCAUGAUGUAUGUAAGUUAUAUUUAGGAGAUUUUAAAGAGGCUAUGUAUGGGUUUGGACAGAAUAGAGAGAAAGAAGAAGAGAAAUUGAAUGAAUUAGAUGAUAAAGAAUGGAUAGAGAAGACUGUUUAUAACAUUAUUUUACAUCAUUUGACAACUCAAUCUAAGACAUAUACCUUACUACAUUUAUUACAGUUAUUAGAUCAUGAAAAUAUUGCUUUGGUCUUUAGUUUUGACGUUUGUGAAUUUGGUAAAUUACAUAAAAUAUGUGAUAUCCUUCAUACCAAUUCUAUAGAACUGGAAGAUUUCUCUAGUCUCUUGUUUCCUAGCAACCAAAAUUAUUAUGAAAUAUGCCACAAAUCUGCUCAACUAUUAAUUGAUAAACAAUCUUACCAAGAUGCCAAAAGAUUUAGUGAAUUAACCAAAAUAAAUGGUGAUUUUGUUAUUAUUGCGCAGUUGGAAAAAGAGAAGGAAAGUUUGAUAUCUAGUGAUAUGUGGCUAUCUAAAGUGGCCAGAAGAAAUUACUGGCAAAACUGUUCAACUUGUUUCACACAACAUCAAGUCAAUGUUAAUUUAGCAGCUGAGUUCUUUAAGAAAGAGAGCAAGUAUAAUUUGAAUGUUAUGUUACAGAAAGAGAGUGAAUGUAUAGAAGAUGUGGGAGAGAAAUCAGUUAUCUAUGAGCAAUGUCUACGACAUAUUGAAGAGUUAGCUACAACUAAAGAUAAAACUCUACAAGAAGAUGUUUAUAGAAAUAUGUGGCAAUACAGAAUGAAGCAUCAUAUCCAACAGAAGGAAUCAACAGAUAUAAUGGAACCAUUAGAUGAGAUUUUAUCCUCUCUUCAGUCUCAAAGAACCACCAAAAAACAACCUGAAAAAUCAGAAUUAUUACAUUUUGGCAAAAUGCCCAGUUUAAUAGUUGAAACCACAAGCUUAGACUCAAAGGGUAAAGAAGCAUUAGAUGAGUUAAUAUUAGAAUUAUUAAAAGAAGGAAAUAUAUCUGAAAGUUGUCGUGUUGCUGCGGUCUUCUCUCAUUACAGUCAAGAUUUAGCUAUCAUAUUGACUUGUAUAAGAUUAAGUAUUGGUUCUAUAACUAUUGAUAUGAUAGAUCCAGUAUUAAAGAAAUUACUCUCACAGUUUACACCCAGGAGGAGUAUAUCUACACCAUUAGGCAUGACUUCUUCUGUUAGCUCUAUAAGUUUAUCCAGCAAUGCUACUCUAUGGAAUUGUAUACCUAUAGAACAGGAAAGAAUUAUAGAUACUAUGGACAGAUUGAUUGGUUAUUGUAAUAAAGCUCAGCAAUUCUGUUUACGAGUUAUUACUUCUUUUAAAGUUUCUUGUGUGAUAGAUUUACCAUAUCAAGAAGUGGUUGUUAAUAAUGAGUUUGAUAUACUCAGGGAGUUAUUGAAAACAAACUUCGCAGCUAAAUUCAUCCUAGCUAAAGACUAUCUAGCAACUAGUUCCUUGUCUAAUAAUGAGGUGGCAGGAUUUUUGGCAGAUUCCAUAUUACAGACAUUAAAUUAUGAAGACUGUAAUUUAGAAAAUGGCAGUCCAACCAAACGUCCUGUUAUUAAUAAUACUGGAGGUCAACAAUAUUUCAAACUCUGUCAAGAUCCAUCUUUAUUAGGUGACCGUCUGCUACAAGCUGUUAAUACAGACUCAACUGAAAUUACCAGAAGUGCCAUGACUACCCAGACUGAACUAUUGAUAUUAGCUCAUGAUUGUUAUACAAUAGCCUGUAAUAUGGAGGGAAUAUCUCAUGUUUUAAGAGCUGCCAGAAGAAUAACAGAAACUUUAUGUAGAUCAGAAGAAUUUUCAUUAAUGAUUCGUUUAUUAACUGGGGUAGGAAGAUUUAGUGAAAUGACCUAUAUUUUUGAUGCUUUAAAAUUAUACCAUCAAUUUGAAAGAUUACUCAAGAAGGGAAUUGAAAAGGAAGAUAAGUUAAAGAUAGCUAUUUUAGAUUAUUUAACACGAUUUCAUCCCAGUGAUAACGACACAUAUACAAUGGUAGCUUUAAAUUUUAUGAUGUACAGAGAAAUAGCCCAGAUGUUAGAAGAGAAAGGAAAAGACUGUUUAAAGUCUCUUAAAUCUAAAACAAUUGAAAAUACCAAAGAAAUCCAAGAUAUAUUAAAAGAAAGUGCCCAGUAUUUUGCUGAUGCUGCAGAACGAUAUGUUAAGGAUAGCUGUGUAAGACAUGCUCAGCAGUGUAUUAGACAAGCUAGACUAGUGGCUUUACAAAUACAACUAUUACCUUCAUCUAUAGUAGUCAUUAAUCUUACUACUGAACAACUUACAGAGUUUAUACAACAUCAUCCUAAAUUCUUAGAUACAUUGAUAGUGAGUGAAGCCUACAGUAAGAGAUGUGAUUGGUCCACAGCUAUAUAUUAUAAUGUUAUUAUUAACAACGAUUUCCGUUAUCUACACGACUUAAAAUCUCAUGUUCAACUUAAACCAGCUAUUAUUCAAGAUGCUGUUGAUAAGUAUCAACAAUCAGGCAAUAAAGUGAGCCCAGAACAAUGUUUGAUAAAUAUUAAAAAGUUAUUGACAUAUUGUAAAGAUAUUAAGAUACAGUAUAAAAUAGCUUCAGAACUGGGUUUUAAAGACAUGAUCAAUCAAAUGCUAAAAGGUGAUUCUGGAAGUUAUUUACAAGAUAUCAUAGCAUUAUCAUGA